AUGCUUAAUAAGUGGGCAGAAUUCGUUAGACAGGUAAACGUCUUGCUGCUGCUGCUGCUGCUGCUGCUGCUGCUGCUGCUGCUGCUGCUGAUGAUGAUGAUGAUGAUGAUGGUGAUGCUGGUGAUGGUGGUGAUGAUGCUGCUGAUGGUGUUGGUGCUGCUGCUGCUGGUGCUGAUGGUGGUGGUGAUGGUGCUGCUGCUGAUGGUGCUGAUGGUGCUGAUGGUGCUGCUAGUGCUGCUGCUGCUGCUGCUGCUGCUAGUGAUGGUGGUGGUGGUGGUGUUGAUGGUAGUGGUGGUGGUGGUGGUGGUGGUGAUGAUGGUGAUGAUGCUGCUGCUGCUGCUGAUGGUGCUGCUGCUGAUGGUGCUGCUGCUGAUGGUGCUGCUGCUGAUGGUGGACCCUGACCUGCUAACAGGCUAUAACUGCAUAAACUUUGAUAUUUGUUAUUUAAUAAAUAGAGCUGCAGCAGUAAAGGCGGAGACUCUUGUCUUUCUUUCGCGCCUUAAAUCACUUGAAUCCAAAAUUGCUGAUACCAGAUUCAGCUCCAGGGCUCUGGGUACUCACGAGAACAAAGAGGUUUAG